AUGUCGUCAUCAGCUGUGUUGCUGGUGGCGUUAGUGAGUGUGGUGAGUCCUCAGUGUAUCUCCAACAACGACAAGCUGUCCCUGCCCCUCACCCCUGACCUGAAGCACAUCACCCCCUUCAGCUUGGACCUCCUAAAGGAGUUCAACCCGCCCACCAAGACGGGAAACUUUUUCUUCUCCCCUUAUAGCAUAUGGAGCGCCCUCGUCCUAGCUUACUUUGGGUCGGCUGGACAAACCCGUCAACAACUACAGAAUGUCCUGCGGCUGAGUGACCCUUCAAACACACUAGCAACCUAUAAGGCCCUUGAACGUUUCAAUGAGGAGAGACAUUUGAACACCAGUGAAUAUAUGAUAGACAUAGCCAACAAAGUCUAUGUAGACAAGGACCUCAAUCUUCGGGACUGCAUCCGCGAGGUCCUUCCUAAGGAGGUGCAGAAUAUUGACUUCACACAGAAUGUUCAAGCAGCAGCAACAAUCAAUACAUUCGUGAGCCAAAAGACUCGAGGUAAAAUCCCAGAUUUGGUGACACCUGAAGAUGUGAAGAAAGUUCAGAUGGUGUUGGUGAACGCCGCCUACUUCAAGGGUCUCUGGCAGAAGGCCUUCAAGCCCACGAACACCCUCGAAGGGGCGUUCUACCCCACCCCAGACAAAAAUAUCCCCAUUGAUAUGAUGCGCCAAACUGAUAAUUUCAAAAUUGGUGACUCGGCAGAGCUACAGGCGACGGUGUUGGAGAUGCCGUACAAGGGCGACGUGGCUUCCAUGUUCGUGCUGCUGCCUUUCAAAGCUGCUAAAGGCACUAAUACUGGUGAAACACCUCUUGACACUAUGCUUCAACGUCUCAAUGUGGACACCUUCAACGACGCAAUUAAUAAACUUACACUAAAAGAAGUUAUUGUCAAGAUUCCAAAAUUCAAGUUGGAACACAAAAUCUUUAAUGAACUUAAAGUGGCUCUCAAGCAACUGGGAAUCAAUGACCUGUUCAAUGAUAAUGCUAACCUCUCAAACUACGACCCUGUGAGAAAACUAAAAGUGUCGAAGGGGAUCCAUAAGGCUGUGGUGGAGGUCAGCGAGGAGGGCACAGAGGCAGCCGCUGCUACUGCAUUGAUCAUUUUCCACUUAUCGUCUAUCAACAGGCCACCACGCCCUCGUGUCUUCACUUGUGAUCGCCCGUUUGUCUUCGUUAUUGUUGACAACGUUAUCAACAACAUUCUCUUCAUGGGUGUUUUCAGAGAUCCAGCAAACACCACUCUUUAA